AUGAGAUCAUCGUCGGUACUUUUCGUCUUUGCCAUGGCUCUGACCGGCCAGGCAUGUGACACUUACAAGUACUGUCACUGCACCAACGCUGACGGAAGCGCAAAUGACGGCGCGACUACGUCCGCGUGCGCUGCCGGCGAUCCUAUCAUAUAUGAUCGUGGCUAUGCCGAGUGCAAACACUACGAUAACUAUGUUUACGUAGUCAAAGCCAUCAACAAUUGUGAUUUCAGGAAGGCUUGCAACGCGAAAGGCGCAGCUGGGGAUUCGAGCUGUAGAGCCAAGGUUGGCAUUGGCAAAUAA